AUGGAUGAACAGCAGCUAAAUCCAAAGCUAAGGAAAAAACGCAAUGGAAGGGAAGGGAAGUCAAAGUCCCGAUCAUCUCGUGCCGGACUUCAUUUCCCAGUUGGUCGUAUCCAUCGUCUGCUCCGCAAGGGCAACUACGCAGAACGUGUCGGAGCUGGAGCUCCCGUCUAUCUGGCCGCUGUCAUGGAAUAUCUGGCAGCUGAAGUGCUGGAAUUGGCAGGAAACGCCGCUCGUGACAACAAGAAGACCCGUAUCAUCCCGCGUCAUCUUCAGCUGGCCAUCCGCAAUGACGAGGAGUUGAAAAAACUGCUCUCAGGCGUCAACAUCGCUCAGGGAGGUGUUUUGCCCAACAUCCAAGCCGUUCUGCUGCCCAAAAAGACCGAAAAGAAGGCUUAA